GCUGCGCGGUUCCGCGGCGGAAAACGCCGGUGCGGCCGGGUCGUCCGGGUCAUCCUCGAAGGUUGACGCUGCCAUGGCGGAACUGGUCAUUUAUGGCAGGGAUUCAUGUGGCAUGUGUACUGCCUUCAAGAAGGAGUGUGAGAAGAACAAGCUCAAGUACAAAUACGCCAACAUUGAGGAUGCGGCAGUUAAGACGGAGAUGUUUCGCAAAGUGAGGGCCUGCAGCUGGUUCAAAGGUGGCCGUUUUGGCCUUCCCUUGGUAGAUGUCUAUGGCAGCAUCCAGGAGCGGCCCAGCAUCGCCAGUGUCCUGGAGGCGCAGAAGAAGUUCCCCAAAGACGAGGAUGUGGAAAAGAUCAGGAAGCAGUUCAAAGAGUUGGAUGCCAACAAGGAUGGCACCUUGCAGUUUGCAGAGAUGAAAAAGAUGCUGCAGUCCCUGAACUCCAAAUUGUCUGAAAUCCAAAUCCAGAAACUCUUUUGCCAGGCCGACGUGAACCAAAACGGCACCGUGGAGCUAGACGAGUUCAUCGACUUCGUCAUGCACGGAAAACAGGCUGUGGCCAAAGUGAUGCAGGAGCCACCCCAACAAACGCCUACAGCCACGGGCGUCCGGGACGAGUGGAAGAAGCAGACCCUGGAGGCACACAAUCGCUAUCGAGCAAACCAUGGAGCAGCCAACCUGGAGUGGAGUGAUGAAUGCUAUUUGAGUGCCAAGAAGCAGGCGAAUGCUUGUCAAGAGAAGGGUGCCAUGUUCCAUGACAACUGCUCCGGGCCAAGUGGAAGGCAUGGACAGAACAUCUAUUGGUGCAGUGCUCCUGGCUCUUCUACAGAAGAUAUGGUCCAUGCCUGGUACCAAGAGAUCACGAACCCUGGCUACGACUUUGACGCCGCUACCUUCAAGUCGGGCACGGGACAUUUCACCCAGGUGGUCUGGAAAGGAAGCAAGCAGGUUGGCAUGGCCUUAUCUGAAGAUGGGCGUUUCUGCGUCGCGAACUACUAUCCGGCUGGAAAUGUUAUGGGUCACUUCAAGGAGAAUGUCUUGAAAGGAGGCACUCCUCUUAGCAAGGUCGAGGCGCCAAAGCCCAAAGCCAAAGCUGCCCCGGCCCCUGCGGCCGCCAAAGCAGGAGGAAGUGAUGGGGAUCAGUGGUCCGCACCCAAGGUACUUGAACUGAAGGGGGCAUCAGCUGAGAAGGAAGGAGACAUUAACAAGAUGUUUGAAGGCUGCCCCUUUCCUUUCAAGGACAGGGUAAUGAAGGCUCUUGCCGAUGGAGCUGACUCAGUGACCAUCGAGAAGAAGGAGGAAGUGGGUGGUCCGCGCACGUCCAUUGAGGUGACCAUCAAGCAGGGGUGUUCGACCUCUCGCGUCAGGGGCACCUACGGCGGAGGCUGAUUCUAAAGAUUCGUGGGAGACUGGAUCAAGACGAUUUGGUCAACCACGUUCUGAGGUCCGGGUGAGGUGAUGCCAGGCACCCAAGAUUCC